GCGCGCCAAGACGUAAAUGGCCGCGGGAGUGCGAGAGGCCUGGAUCGUCACAUGUCAGAUGGACUGAGACGUCAUUUCUCGAAUGACGCGAACGACAUGGCCCAUGUUGGGAGCUGCGUCUCUUUUGACAUCCUCAGUCAUUAUCAUCUACCCUACACACCUCGUCGCUCGUAGCUUAGCUUGGGGAAUGGUGGAUUGGACGGAGAAUUGAAACCGACGUGCCUGCCAAUUCGAUACGACGCACACGCCUCUCACUGUAGGUCAGGACAUCACACCAAUUCGAUUGGUCUUUCCGUCAUGGCCCUCCGCAUCCCCUUCCUCGGUCGCCUGCACCUGCGCGAGUACUUCGCGCUCGUCCUCUCUAUUCUCCUUAUCGCCCUUGAAUCUGUUAUCGCCGUCAUCACCCUCGCCCUCCCUACGCCCGUCAUCAAUGCCUGCUACAGCAUCACGCGCCGCCUCUUCAACCAGCUCUCUUCACCCUCGUCGCGCCGCUCGCGCAACCAAAAAAAGGAUGUCUGGACAGCAAUUGCCAACGCCGGCGACUUCACCGAACUAUGCGAGCUCUACGGAUACUACUGCGAGGAGCACAUCGUGCAGACCGGCGACGGGUACCUGCUCGGCCUGCACCGUCUGGGCUGGAAGCGCGGCGAAGAAAGCGAGCGCGUGAACGCCGGACCAGGGAAAGACGGAGUCAAGAAGAAAGUCGUGUACCUGCACCACGGGCUCAUGAUGAACAGCGAAGUCUGGGUCUGUCUAACCGAGCGCGAGCGCUGCCUGCCUUUCGAGCUCGUCGAGCGCGGUUAUGACGUCUGGCUCGGCAACAACCGCGGAAAUAAGUACAGCAAGAAGAACAUCCACAUGGCGCCGACCGACACAAAGUUCUGGAAUUUCAGCAUGGAUCAGUUUGCAUUUCAUGAUAUCCCGGAUUCGAUUGGGUACAUCCUGGAGACUACGCAUCAGCCGAGCUUGAGCUACAUUGGCUUCAGCCAGGGUACCGCGCAGGCGUUUGCGACGCUGAGUAUCCAUCCCACGCUCAACGAGAAAGUGGAUGUGUUCAUUGCACUGGCGCCGGCUAUGAGUCCGAAGGGUGUGGCGAGUGGGACUGUCGACUCGUUCGUCAAGGCGAGCCCAGACAUUCUCUACCUCGCCUUUGGACGCAAGGCGAUCUUGGCCUCGGCGACCAUGUGGCAGUCGAUCCUGUACCCUCCGAUCUUCGUAAGGCUGAUUGACGCGAGUCUGAGGUUCUUGUUCAACUGGUCUGCUGUCAACAUCUCGCCAGAUCAGAAGCUGGCUAGCUAUCCCCAUCUAUAUUCGUACACGUCGACGAAGAGUGUUGUGCACUGGUUCCAGAUUAUUCGUAAUGGCGUCUUCCAGAUGUACGAUGAUGAAGCGCCAAGUCCAAUUACGUCAAAUCGCUCCAAGUACUACAAGGUCGCCAAAUUUCCCACGCGCAACAUCAAGACACCAAUCGUGCUGGUCUGGGGUGGUUCAGACAGCUUGGUCGACAUCAAUGUUAUGCUGAAGGAGCUGCCUCGUCACACCAUAGCGAAAGAAAUUCCACACUACGAGCACCUCGAUUUUCUGUGGGCUUCGUCAGUCGACAAGCUUGUCUUCCCACAUGUCUUCGAAGCACUCGACAAGCACGCCAACGCGAACGCCAAUAUAGGCAGUACCGCGCUCGAGAGCUAUCAGGCCAAGACCCUUCGAUCUCCAGUCCACUUCAGCAAGCCACUUCCCUCACCACGCCAACUACCAGCGCCCGAUCACGAUGGCGCAAGUGACUCCAGUCCAAGCGGGACACCCUCUUAUUCUGCGAAGAAGAUCUCGCAAGUCACACGCCGCACGAUUAUGAGCGACGGUGAGGACACAGAGCCGAGUCCACGCUCAAGACUGGCACAGAUCACACGCAUACCACACGCAAGUCAAACGCCACGAAGUCCACCGCACAGCCACACCACAUUCCCGUUCAAGGACACAUCGCCACCCGAGCAGCGCACGCCUUCACAGUCUCGACUCGACAGUUUGAAGGAACCCAGCCCGAGCGCGUCGAAGUUAGCCGCUGUGCACAACAUCAGCUCGCCUGCUACGAGCCAGAACGACUCCCAGAUGACUACACAAACGUCAACAAGCAGACCGGAAGGGUGGUGGAGCAGUGACGACGUCGCGGGUACAGAGCCGAGCACGCCAAACAAAACAGUCGGUAAGCGGCGAAGCUUCGACUCGCAGACGAGCAACGGGAGGCAGAGUCGCUUCGGGGAUCGAGGGAUCAGCCUAGGAAGUGCAAAGGCCGUGAGUGCGAUUGUUGCAGAGGAGGGCCAUGGUGAGAGCGGUGCGCUUAAGGCCUCGAAUAGACUGAGUUUUGGGAGUGUAACGUCUAGGAAGGAUACGGAGAGUGGUGAGGAGCGGAAGAAGAAGUUAAGGGUCAAGCGGAGGAGUGGGAGUGGGAUACCUGUUCCUGGCUCGGGCUGAGGGUAACAUUGUAUAUACGUAAUUGACCAACGGCGGACAUUUACCCUGACUCUCGACGUGCCUGUCCUCAUGUCCCCUGUCACACCUUGCAUUAGCACGUUCCCGCAGAGGACCAGGUGGGUACUCGAAGAAGACAUCGUCGAGGUCGACUGCUACAUUUCGAGUGAUUUGAGACUAUUAAUGGAGAGGUUUUGGGAGUGC